AAUAUUGUAAUUUGGCGCGCACGCGACUCAGUAAUAACAAUUAUUUGUUUAUGUGAGCAAUGCCUUGCAACAUGGAAUUACCACGCACUCCAGAAGAACUGAUAGAACAAGACAUUGCAAGCUGGAAGGAAUUACUCAGUGAUUUUACGAAAUGGCACUCUAUUCCACUAUUAAAUCACACACCUUUGCACAAAUUGAAAGAUCAGGGCUUGGUACGUUUUCGUGGCAUGGUGCAGGACAUGAUGGAUCCAGAAAUCUACUUGGAACGCUACGAGGUAAAAUUAGACGAUGGCAGUGCCCGCCUACAGCCAGGCAAAUAUCGCGACUGUCUACGACUAGGCAAAGGUGAACAACUGGACUACAAUGCCGAGAACAAUGUGCAUGGCGAGCGACGUACACUGUUUGUGGUCUCAGUGCCGGGUCUCAAUGACUGGGCUAAGGAGCACGAGAAGCAAUGUAACCCACAGUUUGAACAGUUGCCAAGUGUUGGAAGUGGUGUCAAACGUGCGUUGGAUGAUCAAGAAGAUAUGGAAGUGGACAAAGCAGAUGAGUCUAAGGGCAUUAGCUCAGCCAAAAAGCAAUGUGUGAGUGUUGAAAGGCAAGCAGAAACAAAUGGUUGUAGUUCCACAGUGCUUGGCCCCGAUUACCUAAUCAAUUCACCACUGCCUAGUCGCCCAAGCAUGGCCUGCAUGGUGAAGGUCUAUGAGGACUUUGAUAAAUACACCUUAAACUCGUUGAUGGAUUUCGUCGGUUUUUUGUCUGUCGAUCCAGCAUUGGACGCGUCCACGUUGGACGUUGAGGUUAUGAAGGAUGUGGAAAGCCUAGCCGAGCUGCAAGCACAAAAUCCAUCUCCUUUUCUAAUACCACGCCUGCAUGCCUUUGCUGUCAAGUCUUUGUGCCAUGCCAAUCCGAUGCUGGACGAGAGUUUGCAGCAACCUGCUGCGGUCGAGGCGCUACAUGCACCACAAUCUUUGGAGACCAUACACAAGGAUUUGCGCAUGCUGCUCAAACUUUGCCUAUUUGACGACGAGCUUGCUGCCGAGUAUCUACUGUGUCAUUUAAUUUCUACAGUAUACAGCCGAUCUGAGAUGCAAAGCAUUGGAAAAUUCACACUAAACAUCUGCAAUCUGCCCAAGGAGUGUUUGGAGCACUAUACAACGAAGCUAUAUGAGGUGCUCGAGCUGUUGGUGCCUGCUAGCCACUAUCUGCCUAUGACACUGGAAACCAUGAACACGUCAGCCUUUACGCCAAAAAAGGACUAUGAGACGAACAAGCUAGUCUCUGGGCUGCUGCAGCUAGCGCCCCAUACGCAUCUGGUGCUGGACGAGACGCGCAUGCAGCAGGGCAAGCUGGAGGCGAAUGGUGUGCAAGCCGUACAGCAUCUAGCGAAUCUCAUUAACAAUCAGCAGCUCAAGUGCGACUUUCAGUAUUAUCAAAUCGAUUACAAUGUGGAUAUUCCGGUGCUGGUGCUCAGCGAGGGACGCAGCAUGCUACCGAGCGAUUUUGUGCUGCCCCUUAAGGCGGAUGAAAAGGCUAUUCAGAUAUGGGAGGAAUCUCUAAAAGCUGCCUUGCACUAUCUGCAGCCAGGACGUUUGCAGCAGUUCCGCAACUACUUGACUACCUCGCGGAUUGGUCAGUUCAGCGUUAGCGAAGAGCACACGGAAAUGAUACAGCAGGAAUUUGUUGAUAUGCGCAAGGCGAAUGUGAAGAGCAAUGCCGAUGAUCUACACUGUCUGUUGGUCCUAUCGCGUCUACUGGGCAUUGCGCGCGGUCAUCUGACACUAGAUAAGGAAACCUGGCACUUAGCCACAGAGUUUGAGUCGAAGCGUCGCCAGCGUUUGCAAGCACUGCCUAAAUCCAGCGCUUCAAUGCGAAAUUAAAUUAAAGAUCUAUUGUUAUUUUAAGUAGAGU